UCCGUCUCAGCGCCGCUCCGUCCGUCCUGAAUCCAGCGGGGCUGAAGGUGAACCCGGCCUCUCUCUGUCUCUACCUGCCGCUGGAAGCACUCGCUUCUACUCCUCGCACCGCACCGGAUCAUCCGCUCUCUGUCCCCCUCCGUCAACGUCGAGCCAUGUCCCUGUUCAGCGACGUCCCGCAGGCACCGCCCGUCGCCGUCUUCAAGCUUACCGCCGACUUCCGAGAGGACAGCCACCCGAAGAAAGUCAACCUCGGAGUUGGAGCUUACCGUACCGACGACUGCCUGCCCUGGGUGCUGCCGGUGGUGAAGAAGGUGGAGCAGCUGAUCGUGCAGGACGAGAGCCUGAACCACGAGUACCUGCCCAUCCUCGGCCUGCCCGAGUUCCGCUCUGCCGCCUCCAAGGUCGCCCUGGGAGACGACAGCCCCGCCAUCGCAGAGAAGAGGGUGGGCGGAGUCCAGGCUCUGGGCGGGACGGGCGCUUUGAGGAUCGGAGCCGAGUUCCUUCGCCGGUGGUACAACGGCACCAACAACAGAUCCACCCCCGUCUACGUCUCAGCCCCCACCUGGGAGAACCACAACGCUGUGUUUGCCGACGCUGGCUUCACAGACAUCCGGCCCUACCACUACUGGGAUGCUGCUAAGAGGGGCCUGGACCUCACUGGGCUCCUGGACGACCUGGAGAAAGCCCCAGAGUUCUCCAUCUUCGUCCUCCACGCCUGCGCACACAACCCCACCGGCACCGACCCCACGCAGGAGGAGUGGAAGAAGAUCGCGGAGAUCAUGAAGAGGAGGAAGCUGUUUGCGUUCUUUGACUCCGCCUACCAGGGCUUCGCCUCCGGCAGCCUGGAGAAAGACGCCUGGGCCAUUCGCUUCUUCGUCUCCGAGGGCUUCGAGCUGUUCGUCGCUCAGUCCUUCUCCAAGAACUUCGGCCUGUACAAUGAGAGAGUGGGGAACCUGACGGUGGUGGCGCAGGACAGCGAGAACCUGAGCCGCACCUUGUCCCAGAUGGAGAAGAUCGUCAGGACCACUUGGUCCAACCCGCCGUCUCAGGGAGCGCGCAUCGUCAGCAAGACGCUCAACUGCCCCGAGCUGUUCGCAGAAUGGAAGGCUAACGUGAAGACCAUGGCCGACCGCGUCCUGUUGAUGAGGGAUCAGCUGAAGGCCAAGCUCCAGGCUCUGGGGACCCCCGGGACCUGGGACCACAUCACCCAGCAGAUCGGGAUGUUCAGCUUCACCGGCCUGAACCCUAAACAGGUGGAGUUCAUGAUCAAAGAGAAGCACGUGUACCUGAUGGCCAGCGGUCGCAUCAACAUGUGCGGCCUGACCACCAAGAACAUCGACUACGUGGCUCAGUCCAUCCACGACACCGUCACCACGGUCCAGUAGAGGGCGCCGCUCGUCUCCUGCCUCCUGUUCGCCACAGGAAGAACCGUCAUGUCUGCGCUUCCCUCCCCCCCUCCACCACCCCUCCCCUCCACCCACUCCCAAAUGUGGCCCAUACUUGCUUAUCUGCUCCUCUGAUUGGUUAAACCGCAGCAGGGAUCUUGCACUUGAACCAGUGGGAUACGGUCGUAGUUCUCUCCUCACACAAAGGUAAAAUAAGUAAAAUAAUGAGUUAAUAAAACCUUGGGAGGUGCAAUGCUGCUUGUGGGAGAGACUAGAACGCACACAGCGACGUGUCGCUGCAAGCACAGCUCAAUAAAACGAAUAUAUAUAUAUAUAUAUAUAGAGGUUAACAUGUCUUUUAUGCUGGUCCCAUCAUUUCUGAACUGUUUCUCUGUGUGAAAUCCAAAAUCACAAGUGUAUGUACGUAUGAAAUAGCUGUUUAAAUUCUGAAAUCCUCGCCUCUGAAUAUAGAGCAGCUUAUAUUUUGAUGGUGUCUCGCCGAGUAACGCUCCACCCUCACUACUGUACCUUAUCCACGCACAUGAAACACUCAGCCCAAGCUCGAAUUAAAAUUCACUGACACUCCAGUAGCUGUCAGGAAACAAAAGAAGAAGUUAGACGUUCACCACGUGUGACUGAGCCUCGGGUUCAAACCCGGAGAUAAACGCGGUCAGACGUUUAGUUUAUUAGACGUCCCACGGCUCAACGGAGUCACGUGUUCCCGCCGUGAAAACACUGUUUAACGUGUCCCGUUGGAAGGAGGAGGUUUAAACGUUUUCGUCCGUGACCGGGUUGAAAGGUCCCUUCAGGCCUCACGUCGUCAUGUGUCAAACCUCGAUCUUUGUGCGAGUUCAGCCACUAAGUUAACAAACCCACUUCGUGUGCCAUCCGUGAACAAAUGUCACUUCUCUCCUCUCACGUUUGUGUUUUGUUUUCGUGUUUUUAUGUUUUUAUGUUUUGUUGUUUCCAUCCCUGCAGUGUCCUUAUCAUGUUACAGGAAGCCUGUGUAAAAGUGGAGCCGUUCUGAUCAGAACCUCUGAGCCACGCAGCCACAGUCCCAUUGUGUGGUGUUGUUUGUGAUUGCACACAACAGUGUACUGUAUGUGUUCAUACUGAAAUAAAUUAUAAACCACACGUACGAAA